CCGACGAUGAAUGGUUCUACAAUACGAACAAGAAAUACCGAUCAUUUUUAAUAGACCAUGAUGAGCGAAGACUUCCUGUGACCUUGUAACUGGUUGAUUUUAAACGCCUACACAAUGCAUGUUGUAUCAACAUUGCGAAGAUCCGGCGGGCAGUUCAAGCAUCGUUGGGGCAUCAAUGCGGCACGGGGACUUGCCAGCACUUCAGAUGCGAGUUCGAAGCGACUGACCUCGCUGCUGAUUGCUAAUCGAGGAGAGAUUGCUCUACGCGUCGGGAAAACCGCAUCAGAGUACGGCGUCCGCACGACAACAUUGUACACAAAUCCAGACCGCCUCUCCCAACAUGCCCUCAGCUCGCCUUUCACCGUGAACCUCGGCGAGCCAUCUGCCUAUCUUGACGGCGACCGCAUAAUCGAAGUAGCGAAGAACGAAGGAUGCCAGGCAAUCCACCCCGGCUACGGGUUCCUGAGCGAGAACGCAACCUUCGCUCGAAAAUGUGUCGAGGCAGGGUUGACCUUCAUUGGUCCGCCGUGGCAAGCCAUUGAGGCGAUGGGGAGCAAGAGUCGGUCGAAGGAGAUCAUGAUCGAGGCAGGGGUGCAGUGUAUACCUGGAUAUCAUGGUAGCAAUCAAGACCCGGAGUACCUAAAAGCGGAGGCACACAAGAUUGGGUACCCGGUGCUGUUGAAGGCCGUCAAAGGAGGUGGCGGGAAAGGUAUGAGGAUUGUACAGAAGCCGGAAGAGUUCAUGGACCAGUUGGCGUCUGCGAAAUCGGAAGCCAUGAACUCCUUCGGCGACGAGGUCAUGCUUGUUGAGAAGUAUAUCACCACGCCUCGCCAUAUUGAGGUACAGGUCUUCGCGGACAAGCAUGGGAACUCCGUCGCUCUUGGUGAGAGAGACUGCAGUAUCCAACGGCGCCACCAGAAGAUCUUGGAGGAAUCACCCGCUCCGCAUCUCGACGAGAGCAUUCGACAAGACUUAUGGGCGAAGGCGAGGGCUGCAGCUCUCGCAGUUGGCUAUGAAGGAGCAGGGACAGUGGAGUUCAUAUUCGAUAACGACACGAACGAGUUCUUCUUCAUGGAGAUGAACACUAGGCUACAAGUCGAGCACCCGGUUACCGAGAUGGUGACUGGUCAAGAUCUUGUGCGCUGGCAAUUGAUCGUGGCAGAAGGCGGUGAGCUACCCUUAACGCAGGCCCAGAUUGAAGAGGAGAUAUCGAAACGUGGGCACGCGAUCGAAGCGCGGAUAUACGCUGAAAAUCCCGAUAUGAACUUCAUCCCCGACUCGGGGAAGCUCCUCCACCUUCAGGCCCCACAACCGACUGAGAGUGUUCGGAUUGACGCUGGGUUUGUCGCUGGCGACGAGAUCUCUUCGCAUUAUGACCCAAUGAUCGCGAAGUUGAUCGUAUCUGGUACCGACCGUGAAGCCGCUCUGCAAAAGCUUCGUGCUGCGUUGGAGUCAUAUGAAAUCGCUGGACCUGUCACCAAUAUCGAAUUCCUCAAGCGCAUGUGCGUGAGCCCGGGAUUUGUCGCCGGGGACGUUGAAACUGGUUACAUUCAAAAGCACCAUGCCGAACUAUUCGACCCACAGCCUGUUGAGCCAGAGGUCUACUCGCAAGCCGCGCUUGCUCUACUGCUGCAAGAGAUUUCAUCCAAGAGCGUAGGAUCCAUGUUUCCUCCGUCUAGACAGGUUCUAGGAUUUGGAUCUGGCUAUCCGGCCCGCAAAUUCGAUCUUGUCACCACUCCUUUAGAUGGCAAGAGCACUGCAACGACAACAACGGUACAAAUCCAUCAAACUGGGCCCACAACCUUCGACGUCACUGUUGGCGACGAGGUGUUUCCUGGGGUCCAAGCAACCAUGCCAUCCCCUACGUCCAUCACCACUUUCUACCCCCAUACACGUAUUAAUAGCAAUGUCAUUCGAACACCUCCGUCCAUCGACUCCUCAACCGAAGGAGACAAGAUCAUGGUGUUCCAACGCGGUCGACAAUAUCGACUUAGCAUCGCGUUGCCUUUAUGGCAUGCGAAAGCACUUGGCAUCAAGGAUGUUGCGAACAGCGUGCUCGCUCCAAUGCCGUGCAAAGUAUUGCGGGUCGAUGUCAGGGAGGGAGACAGUGUGACGAAGGACCAAACUUUGGUGGUGAUUGAAUCCAUGAAGAUGGAGACGGUGAUCAGGAGUCCUGGAGAUGGUGUCGUGAAGCGGAUAGUGCACCAAGCAGGGGUAAGUGGUUCCAGGCUUUUCGGGGAUUUCUGCUAACGUGCGAUAGGACAUGUGCAAAGCAGGCACUGCGCUUGUGGAGUUUGAAGACACUGCAUAAUUCGUUGCGGAAAGCCUUUCCUUUCGUCACUGAUGUUGGACUAUUAACUUCCAACAUGUAGC